AUGAACAAAUUACAGAGACCUAUCAUUUCAAAUCUAAAUGCAAAUUUACAUACUCAACAACAACAACAACAAAAUUCAACCUGUAUUGUCAUUCUCCCACAAACAAAUAGAGGAAAUUAUAUUUUAUUACGUGAUGCUAAUGGAAAUUGUACACUUCCAAAAAUUACACUUCCAAAUAAUUCGGAAAUUGAUUUACAUAGAGAAAUUGAAAAUUUCUUAUUAACUAGAUGUGGACAUGGAUAUGAAUUAUUGAAAACUGAUCCUAAAUUUCAAGUGGCUCAAGUGAUAUCCCCAGUUGUGGAUUUUGAUUUUACACAUGGAAAUUUAAAUAUUACUCACUAUGUCUAUCAUGCUCAAUCUCUGGAUCAAACUGUUUCAUUAAAUGAUUUGGAUUUGGCAAAUGGUGGCAAAAAUUCUAAAACUCUUCACUUUAUGUCAAUUGUAGAUAUGGAAAAGGAAUUGAAUGAUCCACAAAUUAUUAGAGAUGUUGUCACAAGAUAUACUCUUUCGUUUUUAGUUUCUCAAAAGAUUAAGGAAUCAUUUGAUAUUAAAUUAGGAACUACCAGAAUUAUGUUUGCUACUGCUGGUAUUCUCGUCAGCAUUGUUGUUGGAUUUAUUGCUGGUCAAUUUUAA